AUGUAAUUAUCAACUUCUAUCUCUAAAAUUAGCAAUAUUAAUGUUAAUAUUCAAAGUGGGAAUAUUACUGAAUAGUAAGAUGUUGAUGCAAUUGUGCUUCCAACAAACCCACUAUUAUUCAAAGAGCCUGGGGUUUCUGCAGAAAUAUUUUAGAAAUGUGGAUAAGAUAAGCUUGAAAAAGCACUUAAAAAGCUUAAGGAAAAAGAAAAAUUAAAAAGAAAAUAGGAGAAUGGAUAAAUUGAAUAGCCAGGGUUAUUUAAUAAUAAGAAAGAGAAAUAAUUGAUCUUAGACUUUAGUUAAUUUUUAGCUAUGAAAUAAUAAGAAGAAUAAGAAGAAGAAAUUGUAGAUAUUAGAUUUAAUAUUGGUUAUGUAGAUUGUGUUAAGAGUUAUAAAUUAAAAAUUGAACGAUAAAUAAAAAAUAUUCUAAUUGUAGUUGAACCAGAGAAUUUUAAUGAAUAAUUAAUAGUAUAGUCUAUAAAAAAUAUGUAAUUUAAAUAAAAUAUAUUUUAGAAUUAUUAAAUCAAACGAAUUAGGAUUUAAAAAAGUGGCUGUUCCUAUUUUAUGUUAAUUUGAUGAUAAUUUUGAACCAAAGGUUUGGGCUUUUUAAUAUAAGAAAGCAUUUUUUGAUGUUUAAUAAUAAUUACAACUUAAAAAUUAAAUAGAAAUUAUUAUACCUUGUCAUACUGAAGAAAUACUUUAUGGAUUUUAAAAAACAUUUUAAUCAUCUGAAUAUGUCAAGGCAACAAAUAUAUAUAUUACGGAUAUAUCAAAUGUAGAAGUAUUAGUAAAUCCAGUGAAUUAAAAUAAUCCAUAUUUUGGAGCAAGUGGGAAAAUAAUAGAAAAGGCUGGAUCUGCUCUUGAAUAAGAUAUUAGAUAAUAAGUAGUUAGAGGGAAUAAAUGGAUUCUAUCAAAGAGUUUUAGAUUAUAAGAACAAAAUAUUAAAUAUAUAUUAACAUUUAUUGGUCCUGUAUAAUAGAGGAAAACAAGAGCUGAUAAAUUACAAUACUUUUUUUAAAAAAUGUAAUGAUCUUUUUAAAAAUAAUAGAUUAUAAAUAUGCAAUGAUUAAUUAAAAGUUGAAUCAAUUUGUAUUCCAUUAUUAGCAAUACCAUAAGCAAUAUUUGAGUAAAAGGAAAAUCAAAAUUUUUUACUUAAUAGAAUUCCUUUGGCUUUAAAAGAUGCAAUUUUAGAAUUUGAAAAGUAGAAAAAAAAACAUAAAUAAAUUUUGAUAUCUAUUUAGGAUGAUUAAUUGAGGGAGUUCUGUAUUUAAUUAUUCUAAUGA